UUCUUCUUACUCCGUUGUAGUAACAAUUCGUUUAUUCGGAUUUCUAAGCUCUUUCAUGUACUGAUUUGAAUCAUCUCCGCCAAUAUCUGUUUUUCGGAUGAUAUAAUUAUCAUUUGAUACGGAGGAACAAUUAAUAUAGGAACAAACUUCUGUAAUUCAGGUUAAAGCAUCAGUUUACUGUAGAAGCUGACAACUAAGUUUCUGCAACAUGUCAACUGGACUUGGGCUUGAGUCUCUUGUUGAUCAAACUAUCUCAGUUAUUACAAAUGAUGGACGGAAUAUUGUGGGAGUUCUGAGAGGAUUCGACCAGGCUACAAACUUGAUUCUUGACGAAUCUCAUGAAAGAGUUUAUUCAACAAAGGAAGGUGUACAACAACUUGUGUUAGGUCUUUAUAUCAUAAGGGGCGACAACAUAAGCGUCGUUGGGGAAUUAGAUGAAGAUCUGGAUAGUAACUUGGAUAUGUCAAAACUGAGAGCACAUCCUCUAAAGCCCGUCGUUCACUGACCUGCAACUUGGUGUGAGCUUGUAAUCCUGAUAAAGGAUGGAUGGGUCAAACAUGUCAAACAUCAGUUUAGUUGAAAGACUUUGGUACAACUAUCAAAUGAAAACUUCAGACAUGUUCUGUAGCUAAGAACACGAACUGUUUUAGUUCGUUGGUCGUCAUUAUAUGUCUUAUAAGUUUCCCUAUCUGAUAUUAGCUUGCGGAAGAUUUUGAACCCGAGUGCAUGAAACAUCAGUUUAGUUGUACAACUAUCAAAUUAGGCAUGUUCUGUGUCUAAGAGCACAAACUGUAUUAAUUU